CAGUGACACUGACGAUAGGAACGUGCAUAUUCCCGCCAAAUUCGUUACGCGUGAAGAAUUUGUUGGCAAGAGAAUUCUAUUGUGAUUACAUUUUUCUGUGAAGUUAUAAGUAAAUAAAAAGCAAGAUGGGUAUUCUAGGCUUAUCUAAAUUAAUAGCUGAUAUAGCACCACAUGCUAUCAAAGAAAUGGAGAUCAAAAACUACUUUGGACGUAAAAUUGCAAUUGACGCAUAUAUGAGCUUAUAUCAGUUCUUGAUAGCUGUUAGAAGUGAAGGAUCACAGCUAGUAUCCACCGACGGAGAGACAACAUCCCACUUAAUGGGCACAUUCUACCGGACCAUCCGACUGGUGGAGAAUGGCAUCAAGCCUGUCUAUGUGUUCGACGGCAAGCCUCCGGACAUGAAGUCUCAUCAGCUGAACAAGAGAGCCGAGAGGAGGGAGGAGGCGGAGAAAGAGCUGCAAAAAGCUACAGAAGCUGGUGACCAGGAGUCCAUAGAGAAGUUCAACCGUCGCCUGGUGAAGGUAACGAAGGUGCACAACGAGGAGGCGAGGCAGCUCCUCAAGCUGAUGGGUAUACCGGUCAUCGAGGCGCCUUGCGAGGCCGAGGCUCAGUGUGCUGCACUGGUGAAGGCCGGCAAAGUAUUUGCUUCAGCGACAGAGGAUAUGGACGCGCUGACAUUCGGCACCAACGUGCUGCUGCGUCAUCUCACCUUCAGUGAGGCUCGCAAGAUGCCCGUGCAGGAGUUCCAUCUCGAUGAUGUGUUGAAGGGACUUGGCUUGGAGCAGAAAGAGUUCAUCGACUUAUGCAUCUUACUAGGCUGUGACUACUGCGGUUCCAUCCGCGGCAUCGGACCCAAGCGAGCCAUCGAGCUCAUCCGACAGCAUCGCAGCUUGGAGGAGGUGCUGCGCAACAUUGACACGACGAAGUACCCUCCCCCCGAGGAGUGGGACUACGAGCGAGCGAGGGAACUCUUCUUACAACCAGACGUCACUGAUCCUAAGGAGAUUGAGUUAAAAUGGUCGGAUCCGGACGAGGAGGGCCUGGUGCAGUUCCUGUGCGGCGACAAACAGUUCAACGAGGAGCGCGUGAGGAACGGCGCCAAGAAACUCAUGAAGGCUCGCAGCGGCACCACGCAGGGACGACUCGACGGAUUCUUUACGAUAUCAACAACUCCGAAUCCUAAACGCAAAGCGGAGGAAGACAAAAAGAAUUCAGCUAAGAAGAAGGCUAAAGUCGGCGGCGGCGGUAGAGGACGUAAACCUAAGUAAAAUAGUUAGUUUAACUAAUUUAAGCAUUAUUUGUAUAGAGAACAAAAUGACCAGCGGAGGUGCCAUAACAGAAAAUCUCCUAAGAAAGUAGCGCGACAAAAUGUGGGUAUCUCACCCUUAUAUGCCUUCUUUGGACCCGACCAUGUUCUGUAAUACUAAAAAUCGUUGACAGAUGUCUCAAGGAACCUGAAAGCCUCGUUAAUUCACUUGUAUCUGAUCAUUUUGGUCAUGCCCACCGUAUGAAUUUUACCUAGAAGGGGCCUGACCCACCUGCAUUAUAAAAUAAAUAAAAUAAAAUAAUCUUUAUUUCGGAUAAGUGACAUCCAUAUGGGUUAGUAAACAAAGAAAAAUAAAACCUAUGUUAGCAAAACCUAAUAUAUAUCUAUCUAUUUAAUCUAUUUAAAAUUCUUUUGAAACAAGGCGGUUGUUCACGUAGCAUCUGUGAACAACAUCACCUAACAGAGAGAAUCGUAAACAUAUUACAUCGCACUGCCAGCGCCCUACGUUCCCUCUCAAUAUCUUCUUGGUCAUUAAGCUCCUCAGUGACGUAAUGCCCCAAAUAUUUAAACUUAGCCACUUGCAGUAAAGCUUUCCCAUUAAGUUUUAUGGGGGGAACACAAUCAGGAAAUUUACCACCAACAGCCUUAAAGACCAAGAAUUAGCUCUUCUUGGCAUUAUAAAUGAGCCCAUGUUCCUGAGCAUAGUGCUCACAGCAACUCAGCAGCUUUCUCAGCGCCCUAACUGUUGGGCUCAGCAGCACCAUAUCGUCAGCAUAACGACUGUUAUUGACGCUCACGUCAUCAAUGCGACACCCAAUGUUGUCAAUGGCAUCUUCGCUCAUCUUUCCUUACUCCUUGAUUAUUUGUUACUACAGUAUUUCUUCAAGAUAUUAAAAUUGUCUGUUGCUCAAGAGACCCCAUGGCCUACCUCAAUCUUAUUUUUAGUUCUCGUCCAUGUUCUAUUGAUAAGAUAAGUUAUAUAAAUCUUGUGUACCUAUGAAUAAUGCUCUAUCCACUCUGACGUCCGUGGAUAGUACAGUAUCCAAGAAAAAAGUAGCGUCAUACGCCCAUGGAUACUAUAGUAUCCAAAGCGACGAGUUGUGUUUAACUCCAUCUAUUUUAAAAUUCAGUAUUAUUUGUUGAGUUUUGGCAGAUUAUCUAUACAGCUGAUGAAAUAGUUCGACGAAAAAAUAAGAGAUGGUAGUGUAAUAAGCUUUUGACAAAAAAAAAAUAUUUUUUUAAGUUCAGUUGACGCGUUUGUCGUUCGUUUCGUUAAGUGUUUUUAUAAGUGUCAACUAUUAUGUCGUUUUGUUUUAUAUAUUUUACAAGUGUUAUACAUCAAAAUAAACUAGAAGAUUUGGGCUUUACGAUGAUGUUUAAAUAUCACAGUUUUAGCUGAUAAAUCUAGUCUAAUUUUAACUUCAAACGAUUGUUGUUUCGAAAAAAGUCCGGUCAAGGUCAUAGGCCAAUCUUACUUUUGUUUAUGCAUAUUUUACAUACUUUGCAUUAAAAUAUUAUAUCUAGUAUCGUAAUAAGCAAAAUAAUACAUUUUUCAAACAGAAAUAUACUAAAUUCAUUGAAAUUUUCAUAAUAGCCUUCUAGAGCGCGGGAGACAUCGCGGUAAAAUUACGAAGAGUAGUGUUUUGUUUCGAUUUAAUUAAAAUACUUAGAGUUAACCGAAUAUAAUCAAAUAUAUAUCAAAAGAAAGGGUAAUAAGCCUAGUUUGUUCUGAAAAUAUUUUAUUGAUAAAAUAUGCAACAGUUGUCCCUUAUAUUUUAAAAUGGUAGAAAUAAAUGUGUUUUUUUCUUCUUAAAAUCAUGUUUAACCCGGAUUUUAGUAUCAAAGAUUAUAACUAACGAUUUUAAAAUAUCAUUAACUUUGAUCUGUAUUCUUUUAUAAUUUUUUUUUCUUUAUUCUAGCCAUUACGGUUCAGUAGCUGUAUAGGUUUUUUGUUACGACGAAGUUGCGAAUCGCGCGCGGCUCGGACGCCGCGCGCGGCUGGACGUUAGAGAGAGAGACGGUCGCGCGGCCCGGACGUUAGAGUGGCUAUGACUGAGUUCCUGACUUAAAAUGCGCAGGACCGCAUUUAUUUUGUAACUGCCUUAAAUGUUAGUGAUUCUCUAUUUUUAACCGACUUCUCAAAAAGGAAGUUUUCAAUUCCUAUGUUUAUGUUUUUUUUUAUGAUAUAAGUACUGAUCUUUAAAAUAUUUGAAAUAAAUAAGUAGUUUAAGAAUUGAA